AUGUCAGGCUCCUGCGGUCAUCUCCACGAUAAUGUCAGCAUGUCCGAUAUCUCCGCAUGCGUCUGCUCCUCUGCUCAGGGGGUCAGGGGUGGGAGGUCAUUACAGCACAGACCCACCCCAACCGCCCCUCAUGCCCCUCUGUGUCUGUACGUGCUGCUGUUACACAAGCACCUUCAGGGCGGCCGCGUGAUCCAUCCAGAAGAGACAGGAGCCAGUGUGUGCCGGAGUGGACACAUAAUGAGGUCGUCAUCAUUACCGGCCGGUCAGUGUGACAGGGCCAUUGACCGCUCCAGAGGUGAGGCUCGACGGGAGACUAAGUCCUCACGUCAAUACAUCCUCCUCCUGUCCUCCACAUGUCCAGGGAAGUGA